UCCUCCCAAGAUAAUACGACAUCGUUAGAAGUCCACAAGAGUCGAUAGUUGAUUGCUUCUGUUUGGCUUCACGACAGGAACCUGUGUGUGUGUGAGUUGAGAAUCUGAGCAAUGGGUAGCAGCGAUCUGAGGUACGAGAUCGCACAAAACGCUUACAUCAAGCUCGUCCUACACUCCCUCAAACACACAACCUCCGCCGUCAACGGCGUCUUGAUCGGCCGCAUCUCACCGUCUAAUGACACCGUCGAGAUCGCUGAUGCUGUCCCUCUCUUCCACUCUCACAUCUCUCUUCUUCCCCAAUUGGAGAUCUCUCUCAUUCUGAUAGAGGAAUAUUAUUCAGCUAAAGGGUUGAACAUAGUUGGCUAUUUUCACGCAAAUGAGAGGUCUGAUGACUAUGAGCUUGGUGGUGUGGCGAAGAAUAUUGGUGACCACAUCUGCCGCUACUUUCCCCAAGCUGCCAUUCUCCUGUUAGAUAACAAGAAGCUUGAAGCUUUGAAAAAGAGCAAAGACAGUAGAGCCAUAAUGCAGCUAUAUGUUAGGGAUGCAUCUAAGAACUGGAAGUCUGUUCAGUCAGAUGGGAACAGUCGAUUCUCUCUCAGAGAGCCAUCAGCAAAUCUGAUCUUAUUGGACUAUAUCUCAUCUGAGAAAUGGAAUGACAUUGUAGAUUUUGAUGAUCACCUCGAUGACAUAAGCAAGGAUUGGCUAAACCCAGGGCUCUUCAACUGAUCCCAGUCUUUGUUGUCUACUUUUUAACCCAAUUUACUUGGCAAGUGGAUGAUGUUCAGGCUUAUUAUGGUGCAUAUUUUGGAUUCUCAAUUAUAAACAAUUAGGGAAUAGAUUUUGACCUUGGGAACGCUGCUUUAUGAGAAACUUUUUCAGAUGUUUAAGCAGGAUAUUUGCCACCUAUUUUAACAAUUUUCAGAAUCUUCCGUCCGUAAAGGAUUUUGGUUGCAGAGCCGGUUCUCUUUUUUCUUUUUCUUUUUGUGAGGAAUUGCUACUUGGUAGAAACAACAUAGUCAUCUCCUCCAUUAUUUUAGUUAAUCCAAUUUUAC